AUGAGGUCAUUCAAGAAGGUCUCCUCAGGCUCAGCAGGGGCGAGUAAAGGUGGAGACGAGCCCGGGAAGUUGCCGGAGCAGGAAGAAGAGGAGGCAUCCCAGGUUUUGCACGGAACCGGCCAUUGCAAAUGGUUCAAUGUGAGAAUGGGAUUCGGGUUCAUCUCCAUGAGCAACCGAGAGGGAAGCCCCUUGGAGUCUCCAGUUGAUGUCUUUGUACACCAAAGCAAGCUUUACAUGGAAGGAUUUAGAAGCCUAAAAGAAGGAGAACCAGUGGAAUUUACUUUUAAGAAAUCUUCCAAAGGCCUUGAAUCAAUACGGGUAACAGGCCCUGGUGGGAGCCCCUGUUUAGGAAGUGAAAGACGACCCAAAGGGAAGACAGUACAAAAAAGAAAACCAAAGGGAGAUAGAUGCUACAACUGUGGUGGCCUUGACCACCAUGCUAAAGAAUGUAGUCUACCUCCACAGCCAAAGAAGUGCCAUUACUGUCAGAGCAUCAUGCACAUGGUGGCUAACUGCCCCCACAAAACUGUCUCACAGCAGCCCACUAGUUCUCAGGGAAGACACGAAGCUGAACCACAGCCUUCCACUUCUGCUUUCCCGAGAGAAGGGGGAGGAACGCACGGCUACUCGUCUCCAUCGUACUCUCAGGAGGGCAGGUCAGAGAUCUCGGAGCGCUCGGGCAGGUCACCACAGGAAGCUUCGUCGAGUAAGUUGUCUGCGUCGCCCGAAGAACCAAGUAGAAAGGGGCCUUCUGUUCAGAAAAGGAAAAAAACUUAA